AUGGGAUACAAUAUAGCAAUGGUAACAGAUUUUUUCUAUCCUCAACCUGGAGGUGUAGAAUUUCAUGUGUAUCAUUUAUCACAAAAACUUAUAGAAUUAGGACACUCAGUGGUUAUUAUAACUCAUAAUUAUUCAUCAAGAAAUGGCGUGCGAGUACUAACGAAUGGGUUAAAAGUGUACUAUGUACCUCUUUGGGUGAUUUAUAGAAGCUCAGUUUUCCCAACUGUGUUUCUGUGUUUCCCAAUAUUGAGAAAUAUUUUCAUACGUGAAAGCAUUGAGAUUAUUCAUGGGCAUGGUUCCUUAAGUACAUUAUGCCAUGAAGCUAUAUUACAUGGCCGAACAAUGGGGAUGAAGACAGUUUUCACUGAUCAUUCACUUUUUGGCUUUGCUGAGAUUGGGUCGAUCAUGGGGAAUAAAGCAUUAAAGUUCACUUUGAGUGACGUAGGUCAUGUUAUUUGUGUCAGUCAUACUUGUAAAGAAAAUACUGUUCUAAGAGGAUCGAUCGACCCUCUAAAAGUAAGUGUGAUACCAAAUGCAGUUAUUCUGAAAGACUUUAAACCGAAAUCUAAUCGUUUGAAAAAGGAUUAUACUAAAGAGAUCACCAUUGUCGUGAUCACACGACUAUUUCCAAACAAAGGGGCUGAUCUAUUGACGGCUGUCAUCCCCAGAAUUUGCCAGUUGAAACCAAAAGUAAAAUUCUUAAUUGCAGGUGAUGGCCCCAAGUUUUUAGAUUUAGAACAAAUGAGAGAAAAGUACUUUCUUCAAGAAAGAGUUACACUAGUAGGUGCUAUAAAGCAUGAAGAAGUAAGAGAUGUGAUGGUCCAAGGAGAUAUAUAUUUGCACCCUUCAUUGACAGAAGCCUUUGGUACAGUUAUUGUGGAAGCUGCUUCAUGUGGACUUUAUGUUGUCACUACAAAAGUUGGAGGCAUACCGGAGGUCUUACCAAAUGAAAUGACGAGUUUCGCUGAACCGGAAGAAAACUCCCUUAUCGAUGCUGCUAUAGAUGCUAUAACUAAAAUUGAAAGCAAUGAAAUAGAUACCUCAAAAUUUCAUGAUGCAGUGGCCAAGAUGUACAGUUGGCAUGAUAUUGCAAAAAGAACAGAAAAUGUUUACAAUUCACUAGAUUUGAACAAGUUAAACGAACCUUUACUCCAUCGAUUGCAAAAAUACUAUUGCUGUGGUAUAAUAGCUGGUAAACUAUAUGCUUUAUGUGUCAUAGUCGAUAUUUUCAUUUUUGUGAUAUUAGAAUGGUUGUAUCCUGCUGAUCAUAUUGAUAAAGCUACAAAAUGGCCACUGCCAAUAAAGGAAAAGGAAAAGGAAGAAGAAGAAGAAGAAGGAACGUUUAUUUUUCCAAACAAAGUAAAUUAG